AUGGCGACAAUCAGUCUCCGGAAGAGCAACACUCGCCUUCCACCAGAGGUAAACCGAGUCCUCUACGUCCGAAAUCUCCCAUUCAACAUAUCGAGCGAGGAGAUGUACGAUAUAUUCGGCAAGUAUGGAGCCAUACGCCAAAUUCGAAUCGGAACCAACAAGGACACCAGAGGGACGGCGUUCGUGGUGUACGAGGAUAUCUACGAUGCCAAGACGGCGGUGGACCAUCUAUCGGGCUUCAAUGUGGCGAACAGGUAUUUGAUUGUUUUGUAUUACCAGCAGGCCAAGAUGAGCAAGAAGUUUGACCAGAGGAAGAAAGAGGAGGAACUCACUAAGUUGCAGGAGAAAUAUGGUGUUUCCACCAAAGAUAAGUGA